AUGACCCACGAUCUCGGCCCUUCAACAACCCCUAACACCCCCACCAAACCCAUCUCCGUCCUCUUCGUCUGCCUGGGAAACAUCUGCCGCUCCCCCAUGGCCGAAGCUAUCUUCCGGCACCUCACCGCCUCCCUCCCCCCCACCUCCCCCCUGCACUCAACACCCAUAACAAUCGACUCCGCCGGCACAAGCGCCUAUCACCUCCACGCACCCCCCGAUGCGCGCACCAUGUCCACGCUGCGGCGGCACGGCAUAACCGACUACACGCAUGCGGCGCGGAAGGUGUGCGGGGACGACUUUGAGCGGUUUGGAUACGUGCUUGCGAUGGAUGGGGUGAAUCUGAGGGAUUUGGAGGCGAAGCGGGGGAGGAGUAAGGGCAGUGGUCGUGGGAAGGGGGCGCAGGUGCGGUUGAUAGGGGACUUUUUGGAGGAGGGGGAUGUUGUUGGGAAGGUGGGUGGGGGGGAGGUGGUGGGGGAUCCGUAUUAUGGGGGCGAUGAGGGGUUUGAGAGGGUUUAUGAGCAGCUUGUUCGGUUGGAGGGGGGGUUUUUGAGGUUUUUGGAGAGGGAGGUGGGGAGGGAUGGGGAGGGGAAGGGGCAGUGA